AUGCAGAAGAUAACCUGGGCCUUCAACUACCACAGCCCUCAACAAAGCCACCAAAAUGGUAUAUGCUCUUCCUCAGACAUUACCCCUGUUAGCUAUCUUGCACUGGAAGGUUCUUCUGAUGACACCAUCCAUUACAAUAACAAAGCACUCUUGCUCUGCCAAAGUUCCUAUAUCACAGGUAUUGUCAGUUUUCAAAAUGGUACGGCCGUGGUUCCCAAUGCCACCUUCUUCCCAUGCCCAACUCGCUAUUCAGGUUUUAUUGUUGUGGUGCGUCCUAGUUACAAGCUGGACACAUAAAAGGCUAGGAUUCUCUGUUGUAGGCAGAAUAUAUAACAAGUCAAAAUCUGCCCUUGAGGCACAUCUCAUAGUACCUCAGCUUCUAUUGUUGUCCUAGCUGCUUCUCUAACUGUAGAUUCAGCAUUGUGUCUUGAUAGUCCAAGCCAGCAUCUAUAUCAUGGUGAGCUAAUUCGAAGUGGAUAGGUAAUUUUAUUCACCCUCAAGUUUGACAGAUGCAUCUACAAUUAAUCCUAAUUAACUGAAGUCCCCAUGCUGUUGAAUGUGCAUUCCCUGCCCCUUUAUAUCCCCCUAGCUUGAGAUUCUCUCUUAAUAAAAUUUGAAAAACAAGUUGCCAACUAUUGCUUUCAAUAUUAUUAUAUUAUUAACAUUGAUUUAUUAAUUGCCUUCUAAACCACCAUCUCAAUAAGAUUUACAUAUGAAACAAUUAAAAACAGUUAAAAAUACAAAAAUGAACACAUUUUAAACAAGACUAAAACUCUAAGAAGUGGACACUCAUGGCAAAGACCCAUUUAGCCUGUUGGAACAAAAAUGUCUUCAGUUUCCAGAAAUUGCAGAUUCUGAACAUGAAUGAUAUUCCACAGAAAAGGGGUAGCAACACUAAAAGCUACACAUUUUUGGUGAUCAAAAAAGCCACCACCAUCAUGCCAUUCUUCUAAAGAUCUCAGACAAAAAUGUCUUUGAGCAUUCACAGGAUGGCCUUACCAUAGAGUCAGCUGCUAUUCUGAAAAACUGACCUAACAGCAGUGCCUCUGAACAUGUGCAAAGUAUGUUCGCCUUGUGAAGGGCACUAGUUUAUUUCUUUUUGUAACCUCGUAGAAUUAAAGAAUCCCUGUCUUCACUCAGUAUCUGUGAUAAGCCUAUGUAGCUGGGAGGGAAAAGCUAGUAGUCAUGUACAGUACUUCAAUCCUGUCCAGGAGUGCCAUCUUGGCCCCACGACUGUGGGUGCCUGAGGCCAUGGGUGCCGUGCAACAUGCAUGGCCCUGGCGCUGAAAUUUGUGGGUGCCCAGCCCCUUCAUGGGGAAUUUUGUGGGUGCUCAGGAACCCAGGGUCCCAGGGAGUCGGCACCUAUGAUCCUGCCAGUGCUUACUUUUAAGUAAACCACUCCAGGGCUUAGUACAGCUAUGUACAGUUUUCAUAGGACUGCAGCAGUAAAAGAAUGGAAAGAUUUAUUCAGAAAACACUGAACAGAACAUAAAUUCAGACAUAUAGAACAGCAGUCUAGCAAUAAAACUCAUAUAGUGGAAAAGGGUCAAAGUCAGAGAUGCAGGGUUAAAACAUUUAAAACUUUUAGAUUCCCUAGAAAAUUACUAAGCCACAUGUAUAUAGACUUCAGCCUUCUCAGUCUGAGAUCAACUGUCAAUCUGCCAAAUUGGUUUCAGCUGGUUGUUUGCUCAUGCUGUUCUAUCUCUAGGUGAAAAAAACAGACAUCUUCUAUAGGUGGCAACAGUGACAGCUCAUGCCCACUGGACCUGGCAGGGCUCUUAGGAAGUCAGGGGUGUGUGGUCAAUUAAGUCUCAGUGGCAUGACCAGUUCUAGCUUUCUUGCCAACCUUCUCCCUUGCAAAGAUACCAUGGAGACUUAAGCUUUGCAGUUGUACAAAUACUUAAGCAGUACCUACCUAAACUGAAAAGUGUCUUACUGUACUUUGGUUCAGAAGAGGUCCCGGCUGUCACAGUUGAUUCUCUAUGGGAGAAAAGCUGCACUUCAAUGCAAAGGAAUCAGUGCAAAUGGGAAAAGAAUGUGAUCAAUUACAUAUGGUUUGUGGACUGAAAGCAACGAAAACAGCAAAUAUUUAUCAUGUUUGCUGUAUUGAUUUCCGGUCCAGACAUGGGGCAAAUAAGCGAACACUGAUCAUUUGCACUCCUGUUUCCAUUCGAAUUCUCUGACCUCCCUACAUGCUUGCCAAGGAGAUGUUUAGCACCACGACUAGUUUGGUUGUUAGCAUUAGGCGUACAGUUGCUCAGACCAGGAAGCAGGCUGCUUGACCUGGAAGCUUUUAAAGGAGCUCUGGGCACAUUGCCUGUCUUGCAAUGCUGUGGCCUGCUGUCAGAAAAAUGAUUCCAUGUCCACCAUUUCUUCUAGUUCCCUUCUCUCAUCAGAGUACACAAGCCAAAUCCUUGCUUGUUACGGUAUAUCUGAGUUCUGGCUUCCAAAUCUGGAGGAAUUUCCCACAAUAUAAGGCAUCCCUCCUGUGCUGGGGAUAAUACGACCAGAUUCCCUUAAAUAAUUUAUACAAUAACAUGAAUGAUUUCUAUAAAUAAGUGCAUGUAAAGUUACCAUGGAAGAGCAAAACUAAAUAAAUAAAAACUGUAUGUGCAAUUGCCAUCUAUCCCACAUCACAUCACAUCACAUCACAUCACAUCACAUCACAUCAGUAUCUGUAUUUAUGUCCAUUCUACUGGCUAUACAGUAAUCCCUUGGCAGUUUAAUAAUAUAUAUUGAUAGGACACCCACCCCCUGACUUUGUGGCUGCAAAGAAGCAGGUUGUUUGAUUGCCAGGAUCUCUUACCUGUUUCUUUUAUUUAGUUUUCCCCCUCUGAUGCUCUUAUGCCCCUUGGGGAAGGGCUGUAACUCAGUGAUAUAGUGUCUGCUUUGUGUGCAGAAGAUUCUAGGUUCAAUCCCCAGCAUCUCAAGGUAGGGUUGAGAAACACUCCUUCCUGAAACCCUGGGGAGCCACUGCCUGCCAGUGUAGACAAAACUAAAUAAGAAAGACCAAUGGUCUGAUUCAGUAUUAGACAGCUUCCUAUAUGUCUCCUAUAUGUUGCACAUAAGAAUAGGGAUGGUUUUCCAGCUCCAAAGAGAUUUCCCUCUUUCCCUCAGAGGUGGUUUGCGACACACAUAGCAAAAAGUUUGUCAUUUCCUGAGCACGAUCAGCAUUUUAAAAGUUGCUUUAAUGGUUAAGGUGUGGGUGAGUCCAACAAUGAGCACUGUCAGCACUUCAAACAGGAAAGCAACACGCAAAAGCUGAAGAACAAAGAGAACCCGAUUGGCCACAAAUGCCUUGCAAGGGAGCAACAUCUUAGCAGUGGUCCUGAGGAUGUUUGCCCCUCAUAUAUUCUGACAAUGUAGGCUGUCUCUGCACAUGAUUCCCAUCAUGUGAGUGAGGAGCUCUUCCAUCUCUUUCAAAAGUCUUCCUCCUAAACACAUCCAGGGCUGGGGCUCUUCCUUAGUUUUCCCUAGUUCUGUAUCAAUUCAUCACCCCAUGCCUGUUUUUCUCCCACCCCAUAAAAGUUCAGGAAAAUGUUUUGCCUACUUUUUGAGGGGAGGGCAUGCAUUUACUUAAAAAAAAAUAUUUAGUGAUAAAUCAGAAAAAUUAAGAAUUUGUUCUUGUUCUUAAGGUAUCUUCCACAGCAGAGCCCUUCAACGUUGCUGAGGCAUUUCACUUGAAUCAAAAUGGAGGCUCCACACAGCACUGAAUUUAGCUUUCUAUUUUCCAACAGUGCCGUUCUCCACGGUCAAGAUCCUUCUAUGUUUACUUACAAGCCCUAUUCAGUAAAGGUCCCUUUGAAUGUUAAAUUAAAACCCUGCCAAUGUUAUUGCUUCCUGUUGAUCAAAGCUGGAGGAUUACUGAUUAAAAGCCUGUUAAUUGCCUCUUGAAUAGGGAUCAGAGGCAGCAUGCCAAUGAGUACCAGUUGCUGAGAAACAGCCGUGGGAAGGGGGCUAUUGGUCUCAUUUUUUAAAUAGUAAUAUAGUGUUAUUUCAUCAUUACAAACUCAAAAAAGAAAAGAUAACAAGACAUUAACAAGUAAUUAAAGUCCCCGCCCCCAAAAAAGAAUCUGACAUUGGGGCAAUUAAGGAGAGACUAUUCAACAGGCAAUUCACAGGCCACAGUCAACAGGAAAUAAAGGCAGAGCCCUUUAAAUAGAGACCUGCUCAUCCACACUAGACACACAAAUGCCGUGAUUGCAUUUUAUUGCAAUAUUGUAGGUCAGGGGAAAAACAGAGGAUGGCCUCCUGUUUCCCUGCCCCCCCCAACCUAUAAAAUUGCAAUAAAAUGCAGUAUCUGUAAUUUUUUCUGCCCUAUGUGGAGCCACUACUUUCAUAUCCUCUUAUCCAGGAUAGGGGUGAGUCAUUUUGGGAAAGCUGGAUGUGUUGUUGUUGUUGGUUUCUAAACUGCCCUUUACCUCAUAGGAUCAUAGUGUGGUAUACAGCAAAGUAAACACAUCACAAAUGCAAUAAAAUGGAUUUGAACAAUAGCAUCAAAUUCACCCACCCCCCAACUACAAAUCAGCAGUGGACAUUGUUCCAAUACCCAAGCCUACCCUUGCCCCCCAAACAUCAGCAUAAAGAAGUAUAUAUUGAGCCAUCAGCAAAAAUUCAUCAAUGAAGGACACAGCUAUAUUCCCAAGGCAUGGGAGUUCCACAAAUUGUCCAGGGCUGGGGGAAGAGGGCACAGAGAAGGCCCUCUCCAAGGUUGCCACAUGAUGAGCAAAGCUUAUCUGUGGAACCAUAAAAAGGGCCUCCCCUGCAGAUCGUAAGGCCAGGACUGGCAGGUAUGAGAAGAGACUGGUGCGUUUUCAUGUCUUUUGGGCUUAAAUUGUCCAGGACUUUGUACAUCAGAGUUCAACAGCAAAUAAGCAGCCAGUGUAGCUCCUGGAGGACUGGUGUUAUAUGAAUUCCCCUUGCUGUAUCACUCAAAACUCUAGCAGCUCUGUUCUGCACUAGUUGCAGCUUCUGGACGAUCUUGAAGGAUAGCCCAACACAGAGGAUAUUACAAUAGCCUUAACAGGAGGUGGGUAACUGUGGUUGGGCUAUCCAAGUCAAGAAAGUGUUGCAGCUGAUAAACCAGAGAUAGCUGGAAAUUGUCAAUCCUAGUCACCUACGCUCCAGUGACACAGCUAGAACCAGUAGUACCCUGCAAUUCUGCCUAGAACAUGCUAUUUCUUUAAUUCCCAGGUUGGUUCCCAACCCAGGAUUUCUAUGAAAGUGUAAUGUAAGUGUUAAUAAACCAGAAUGAAAACAUUACAAUGGUACCUCAGGUUACAUACGCUUCAGGUUACAUACGCUUCAGGUUACAGACUCCGCUAACCCAGAAAUAGUGCUUCAUGUUAAGAACUUUGCUUUAGGAUGAGAACAGAAAUCGUGCUCCGGCGGCGCAGCAGCAGCAGGAGGCCCCAUUAACUAAAGUGGUGCUUCAGGUUAAGAACAGUUUCAGAUUAAGUACGGACCUCCAGAGCGAAUUAAGUACUUAACCCGAGGUACCACUGUAUAGGGAUUUGUGAGGCUCACCCUACCAUUUGGCAGAAUGAAGCCAUCUGCUUUAGGCAGCAUCAUAGAGUGGGGGGAAUUGAUGAAAGCUGAAUUUGUUGCCUGAAUGAUAAAGCAGGACUUUCUAAAGAGUUGGCCCUAGCAGGGUGGGGCCCCCCACUUGUGCUCUGAUUCAGGCAGGAAAAUGUUUUGGAUGUGCACCGAGAAUUUGGUUAGAACAGCUCCCUCCCUCCCCCCACCCCAUGCCUGGGUCUGUGCUACAGUGGGUGUGGGAACUGCAGAUGUCUGAGUUCCAGGAUUGGACCAGCCCUUGGCCUGUGUUUACUAAGUGUCCACGCUUUCUGUGCUGUGAGCAAUAAAGCCCGCAAAUGGCUGCACAUGUGUUUCCAUUUAUCUCCAGCCAUGACUCACUGCUGGGCGCUCAGCCGGCUCCACUCCCUGGCCGUCAGCAGGACCCGCCUCCACCCUGGCUUCCUGACCUUAGCAUUGUCAAAACACUCAUGCAGAUCCUUCUGCGCCUGUUGCAAUUUUUCUGCACAUCCCCGGGGUAUUCUGAGGCUGCUGUACUGCGACUGGACCUCCUUCUCUUCGGCAACCUUGGUCUGAAUUUAGAACAUGGGGGCUGGGAGGGACCAAGUGGUCAAUGCCCUUGGCACGUUCAGAAAUAAGGAUGGGGUGGGAAAAGGGCAAGAUCUGGUGUCUACAUGAAGUGCCAUGGUAGAGCAGCAGAGCUAAGACACAGCAAUGUUUGCCCUUGCCUGUUUUCAACAGAUGUGAGUUAGAGAGGAGCUCAGGGCAGUCCCGAAUCCCAAGGAGAGGAACAGAUUACAGAAAAGGGGGAGAAUAUUUUUUUCCUUUUGUAAAAUGGAUCCCAUGCUCAUCAUGAGCAUGCUGCUGAUCUUGAAUGGCCAGGCUUCCCAUCAAUAUAGAAGCCAUCAGUGGAGGUGGCCUAUAAGGGAGAACGAGGCACUGCCUCAGUCCGCCCCCACAGCCCCUGCCUUCUUACUUACAACCAGUCCAGAGGGGUGGCCUUGGCUGUCAGCUUUGUCUUUCUUAGUCUCAGCAGGGAGGAAGAUAGGGACAAAACCAGAAUGAAUUAGCUGUGUUUGCGCCUGUCAUUGGCUUUGGCUCCAUUUCUGCUGACCUUAUGCUCUACCAGUCCUAAUGAACAUCAGUCACCACUGGAAGUCAGUUGCUGCUGCAAGGAAGAGGCAUCAUUCAGGGUACCCCUAAUUCUUUGGAAUUGUUUGAGGGAAAACCAGGGGGGAAGCUUGCGGACAGCUUAGAUAUAGGGAAUGCAGCGCCCAACACACACACUGCUCCUUCAGCAUGUUCAGGCCAUAGCAGACCCCUAACUUACGUGGAAUUACCUGGAACCUGGCCAAGAUGAAUCUCUAUGCAUGUGAAGAAUAUACAAGACUGUAUGUUGUACAACUCACUUCAACUUAGUUAAAGUGCUUGGGAAGGCCUCUCAAGCUUAUGAAAGGGAGACUCUAGAACAUAGUAUCUGAGGCUUUUGCCUCUUGAGGUCAUGUCGUUCUCACUUUCCUCUGUGACUAGACUCAUGGUCUGAGGAUUGAGAAAUCCCUGUAUUUUGGAAAGCAGCAGAAGCCACUUGGAAGAAGAAGCUGGGCAGUCUCCUGCCUUGCUGCCAGCAGCUGAAAUGCAUUUCCUCCUCUUGCUAUGAGAUUCCAUCUGGCACAACAAGGGUGGGAACUUACCAUGUUUUUAAGAGUUGAGCUGCAGCGCUGAAAACAACUUCCGCAGCUUAAUUCAAGCCAGGUCUCAAUGGCAUUUCACCUCAGAAACUAUUUUCAGGGCCAUGGUUCAUCCCUAAAACAUGAAAAGGAGUAACAAAUAAACAGGGUGCCACUGUGCAUGUGCAGAAGUCCUCUGUCUCACUGGAGUAAUCAUAAAUACCUCCCCAACAUCUGGGAUAAGAAGGCUGGUAGCAGUAGACCAGCUGAUGGAAUUCCAGAUGAUGAUUAUUUUCAAAAUCUUUGAUUCAUCACUGAUAACAAAGAUCAAGCUGGUUUAGAAAUUUCACGUUCUGAUCUGGAAGCACUUUGGUAGCCCAGUGGUGAAGCUGGUUUAUAUAUUCUUCUAGAAUGCCUAGCAUUUAUAUGCUGGCAUUAACCAACUUCCUCAGCCCCCUGGGGAAGACAAAGGUAGAGAAACUGAAGGCACCAAUUCACUGAUUUUCUCCAAGGGAAGGAAAAAUUAUCCAAUAAUUUCUUGGUGGUCAGACUCAGUAUUAUUAGUGGCACUAGCACAGAUUCUUUCUCUACCCAGCCCCCUUUUUGGUACAGCUGGAGAAAUGUGUUGUGAAAGGGGGCAUUAUUGGUUUCUUUCUGUUCUUAUUUUUAUCAUGUAUUUUGUGGGGGUUUUUUAAUUGUAAUUUUAUGUUAUGAACCACCCUGAGAUCUACGGGUUAUACGGUGGCAUAAAAAUUUAAUAAACAAACAAAAAAAACAACAGCUGUGCUGGUAUCCUGGUCACCAUUUUUGUACCCUGCACAAUAUUCUGGAAUCUAGUGUACUUCUGGGUCGCAGUGAAAGGAAAAGUGGCAGCUGUUGCAAAAAUUGUGGAAAAUAUUCAGAGAAAAUUCUGCAAAGUAACCUUUUUCUAGGUGGGGGGCAGGUGAGAAAAAAAAUCUCAAUUAUUUUCCCUCAGAAAAAUGUUGGCCCAGUUCUGCCAUAUUUCCUCUGGCAGCGUCCUGUCAGAAUGCCUUGGGGAGUUCUAUUGCCAACAAUGGCUGCCUUGCCAACAGUGGCUGGGCCUUUUAAUUUUUUUAAGGCCACAUCUGACAAAAGACAUCACCGGAGGACUUAUCUCUCCUCAACUGUCACUCACAUCACAUAAAAGCCUUCUCUCGCCUCAGCCAUUAUCAGACUGUUUCACUGGGAAAGCUGGGAAGAAGAGCUCAGUGAGCACUCAGUCAGCUGUGCUGUGAAAGGCCUGCUCCAUCAGGUUUCCUCUCCCCUCAACUGCCAUGUGGGGGCAGCCAUUCCAUCAGGUGGCCUCCAUGUGAGAAAUAGGGCUCAUUUCACCAGCUUAGGCACUUCCUGCACCUGAACAGUGCCAGCUGGCCAAUAUGAACUGUUUAGAAAUUGGUGCCUGAAUUUUGAUUUUCCUCUACUAUAUCACUGUCCUUUUCCCUUGUGUGUAAUUUUUUUUUUUUUUUUUUACAUUGUAAGCCUGAAGUUAGGGACAGUCUUGUUUUACUUGUAAGUCAGCUGCUGUGGGAGACUUUUUGGCUGAAGAGCCAGGUACAAAUGCUCUAAAUAAAUAAAUAAAUCCUUGCUGACUGAAUGGCUCGUUGACUUUUUUUCUGGAUGUUUAGCUCUGCUGAAUUAACACAAAUGCUUAUUCCAGGGAUUCUCUCUGCUGACAAGGAGCCAGGAAAACUUGGCUGGACUUGCUGAAUGAUAUUGGGGGCAAGAUUUAAGGAAGGGGGCAGGAGGAACCUGUUUAUGUGGGCUAAUCAGUGCCGCAUUAUUACUAAUAUUAUAGAUUUAUAAGUAGACUUCUAUGCUUAACUGAAGAUUUAUAAACAUACCAUGAAAACAGCUUUAAAAGCAUUUUUUUUAAAAAAGUAGAAAAGCAACAACUUUAGGCUUAAAGACAAUACAGAAUGAAAAUCUAAGGCAGAUAUCUUUUUACUGAGUUGGAAAAAGCUUGUGGAAACAAAAAUAUCUUCAAAUGUUUCUGGAAAGGACAAGGGGUGGACACCAGUCCUAUCGAUUAGGGUCAGUUAGGAUCCUGUUCCACAGAACAGGGGCACCCACCCUAAAAGCCCUGCUGUGGAUUAUUGUGGAGUGACCUCCUCUUAUUUGAGGGUCUUCGAGGGAAACUAUUCUGCUGCACUCAGUGACCUACAGGGAAUAGAAGUAGUAAUAUAUUGGGCUCACAGGUUUUAUAGGGGGAUACUAAUAAUGGAGACGAAAUACCAAUAUUGUGUAGCAGGGUGCUACCUCCUCACGGAGCCUCCUUUGAGUCACAUUUUUACAGCGCUACUACUAUUAUUCUCUCUCUAUAGAAAAUGCAUGCUGCCUUGUGGAGCGCCAAGCACACGCCUGGCCUUAAAUAAUUUAUCUAAAUCAUGUAUAUAUACACACACAAAUACAUAAUUUAGCACUCCUUCACAAGGUUCACAUUAUGAAGAUGGAAUUGAAGUUUUAAGUAGGGCUGUAUGCGCUUACUCUUUUAGCAAUGAUAAACUAUAUACUAUAAAUCAAUAUAUUACUAUAUAUACUAUAUACUAUAAAUCAUUAUAUUAUAUCCAGGGGUGCCAACUUGAAUAAAAUAUUGGAGAGGGGGGCAGGUAAGCCUCGCCCCACAUCACAAGACGUGGCACACGCGCACCAUUUAAAUGUCAACGCCCAUCAACUUUUUUUGGGGGGAGGAAGCCCCCUCAAAUAUUUUAUUCGUGGGUUGGGGGCGAAGGGACCUCGGCCCCUAGGAGUUGGCUACCAUGAAUCUGCAUCUCCGAUAGCGCCAGGCGUGUGCUUGGCGCUCCACAGGGCUGCAUGCUCUUCCUGAGCUCCGGAGAGCUCCAGAGGGAAGGAGCUGUCAAGCAAAGAAAGCCCGCGCGGGUCGCCAGAAGCCGAGCCGAGCCGGGACCGGAGGCGAAGGGAGCGAGCAGCGCAAGAGGGCUGCCGGGAGCAGGCGAGCCGCCCGCUCUGGCCCAGUGCCACGGAGAGGAGGGGCAGCGAAUCCCCAGAGCCCAUUAAAAAGCCAGGCUUCGCCGAAGCUAGGAGAAGAAAACACCUCCAUAGAAGGCAGCAGCAAGCAGCAGCAGCCACGAUCUGCGAGGCUCCGAUUUUUCCAGUGGCGGGAUCUUUUUCCAACCCCCAACCAGCCCAAGAGAGAAGGCCGAGUGCAAAGCCCAAACUUUCGCGACUGCCUGCCGCCGCCGCCGCCUAAGCGCCAAGAGUCGCCCCGGGAUCGCCGCAGUAGCGGACGCAAAGAGAAGCACAGAAGAUCGAGGCGGGCGCGCGCGCGCGUGUCUGGAUGAGGCGGCAGCAGCAGUGAGCAGUCAAAUCUCGCCCACCCGCCACCCCUCCUUCCUUCCCUCCUUCUCUCUCUCUCUCUGUCUAUCUCUCUGUCGGUCUCUGUCCGCAAGAUGAGCGCUACGCUCCCAAGCCUCUUGGCCUCGCUGGCCGUGUUGCUCCUGGGAAGGAUGGACCGCCUCGCCGACGCCUGCAGUUGCUCCCCGGUGCAUCCGCAACAAGCGUUUUGCAAUGCAGAUGUAGGUAAGAAAAGGACGGCCACCCUCCCCUUCUCUGCGGCUCCCCUAGUGGCUUCUUACGCGGCGUGAUCCCACCCCGCAUUUCUAUCUUUCUCUCUCUCUGCCCCCCCCCCCCCGGGAGCUGCCUUCGCUCCCGCUGCAAACUCACUUGUUAGCAGCCAAAACAACCCCACCCCUUUAUCCUGCAAGAAAAGAGCCGCGGUGCGCUCGGGGAAGGGAGUGGGGAGGUCGGUUCCCUUCCCUGGCCUUGGCCAACAGUUGCUAUUGUUAAGGAGGCUUUGGGGUUCAUGAGAUUGUUCUGCUGGCCGAUUCUUUCCCCGUCGGUUUAAGGCACACGCAGUCACACAUACACACACACCCCGAAGUGUCGUUCUCUGCUGGUAUUCGCCUCUUUCCCCCGCCCUAGUACGCCCGCUCUGACCCGAUCCACAGGAAUUCAUUGGAAAGCACAAAGGCAACCACGGACUCAAAUUCCUCUUUUCUGACGAUGGCUUUCUGCCUGCAAGAUGCAGGCUGCCAGGGUUUGGUGGGAACAGCUUUGAUACGGAGGGGUGGGGAGAGGUGGUGGAAACGGGAAGGGAAUGAAACCAGGAAAUGAAAACUUCACAAAGGCAAACGGAAAACGUCGGGCCAUCUUCCCUGAGUCGACUCGGUCACACCGAAGGGUGUGGGGCGUGCUCCGUUCCUAUUUGCAUUGGUUAAUUUUAAAAUAUAUAUAUAUGCACCUUUAAAAAAUGCCAUUGCCAAAAUAAACAGGGUGGGAGGGAGCCACAUGCUACCCCACCCCCAAAAAACCAACCCCCCAAUUGGAAAUUGACUUGCUGAACAGUUCUAGUGUAAUUUAGCAUGUGCACCUAGUUCCUAUUUCCAUUUCUUGAACUCAAGGUACAGCUGUGCUGUUAUCACUGUUCUGGGGGUUGCAAGUUAAUUCCCCUUGAACUAAUUUGGUAGCGCUUCAAAACGCAGGGCUGGGCUGACAGCCUACAAGGAGAUCAUCAUCUUGUGGAGGAAGCUGGAGAGACAGAUGGAGGGAGGCAUGGGAGGAUCUGAGGCUACAGAGCCUGUCUGAUGGCACCAGAAGGGAAGCUGCAGGGCAUGAGGAAGCUUGGUUGGGUCUGCGCAAAGCGGAAACCAGAUUUCCAUCGACUUACUGUAUAUAAAUAUCUUCACAGUUCCCUAAGCUCCUGGCUCAGGGGAAAGAAACUGUUUUCUUUCCUACAGGAGAAUCUCUGCUCUGUUGACUAUUUUUGCUGACUGCUGUUGCUUUUAAUUGUCAGUAAUACACCUCGGCUUCCUACUUCUGGGUGCCUUGAGCAACCCUCUAGGGAAACAGUAUUUUUGUAGCUAAGGGACUUUUUUUGGCCCAUCCGCAUAUCCUUCCUAUGCAGUAAUCAAGCUAGAGGCCCAGGUUGCUUAAUGAGCAUUCUAUAUACAGUAUAUAUAUAAUUUCAUCAUAUCUGUGGCCCUUGUUGGUCGGAAACAGCAAGUGUAGCAAUGUUUAAGGAGAAGCAUAAAGUCAUAGUCAUAGUACGUUGCCUCCUCACUUAUUGCUUCUUAAGAGCUUUGUGUAGAAGUUUCUUACUGAGCCAUAAGAGCACAUUUAAAGCACAUGGUUUCCUUCAAAGAAUCCUGGGAACUUUAGCUUGUUAAGGUGCUGGGAACUGUGGCUCUGUGAGGUGCAAAUGACCGUUCUCGGGGUUCUUUGUGGGAAGCCAUGUGCUUUAAAUGUAUAGUGUGCAUGUGACCUGUGUCUGCCCAAGAAGCAGGAAUGCCCCUUUAGUACUUGUGUGUAUGGGUUUAACUUUGCAAUCCUUUCUUCAUCAGGAGAACAGAAGACUAGGGGCAUUCUGUUUCUGCAGUCAGGGUCUCUUGUGUCUGAUCACCUAGUCCAGUCAGUCAGGGCAUAAUCUAAGACACUUUGCCAAGACCACAGAACCUGAUUUCAACGUGAGGGUGUGUAGCCUUGGAAGAUGUGAAGUAAUAAUACAGGAGAGAGGGUCUUGCCCUCACUACAGAAUAACUACAUGAGGCUCCCCAAUAUUCGGGAUUAGAGAACAGGACUUCCAAGUUAUUGGGUUUGUGUGGUGUAGGCCUGAGUCUCCAGGACUUGCCUUUUUAGAAAUUAACUACUGGAACAGAGGAGAAAAGAACCCCACCCCCCUUUCCGGCUGGCCAAUCUGGAUCUCUGUGGGCCUAAAGACCUCUGGUCUGCCUGAUUUGGGAAGACCUGAUUUUGGAUUGUGCUUUCUGUUCCACCUGCUGCUUCCCUGGCUUUGGGACGUGCAGGACUUUGGAGACCAUUUUUUUUCCAGGCAGAACAGUGCACCAUGGGUACUAGCUUUCAGUGUGAGUGGGGAGAAGUCUGCAGUGUGGCCUUCUGCCCAGCAUUGCUGGGGCCCUCAUGAGAAAAAUUAGCACUGUGUGUUUCCAUCUUGAUUCAAUCAAGAACUUCAUCUGCCAGCUCAGCUAAAUGCUGAAGAAGAGGGCUUGAUCAUUCCAUUUUGUGAUGUCAUAGUGUGCGUCCUUCGCAUUUGGCAAAUGGUGAAAAGGGCUGAAUGGAGAGCCGAGUGAGAGAAGCUGCCUUGCCCUUCUCAUUCACUAGGCACUCAGUGCUGGGUCACUCACUGGUGGCUCUUUAUUAGUAGGCGUUGCCAUUCUCUUUUCCCAAUUUGCUCAGCUUGGAAACUACUGAAAGGCCGAGCCUGAUAGGGCUGGGCCUCAAAUUCCACUUUUCCCUGUGAAUAAUCCCCUUAUUAAAUUUUAACCUAUUAAACAAGCAGCCCUGGCCCCAGUUUCCAGAUCUUGCUCUAGAGAUGGAAUUUGAAAAUGCUCUGGCAGGGCAGCCUCUCUGCUGCAACAGUCUCGUCCAUUAGAAGUUCCAGACUCUCAGGCUGCCUUCUCUGAUACUGUAGUGUGUCCAGGAACUGAGCAGCUGCUGUCAGCAGCAGCCAUUUGCGGUUUCACUUUGCUUUUCCAGUGUCACUUCCCUCCACAGAAGUAGACAUCUCUGAGAUAUGAGAACCAGUCAUUGUAUAGUGUCUGGAGCACAUACUCUCGGCAUAUAAAGCCUUUCAUGUGGGAAUCCAGUGAGACCUCACAGGACCCUUUUUGCUCCCUGCAACUAGCAAGAAAGAUCCUUUUAACCCCUUUUAACACCAAGCAACACUUUUAGUUCUCCAUUGGCCAUGCCUCAAUUUCUACCAGGCUAGCAGAGAGGAUGCCCCUAGCCCCAUGCACUUUAUAUCUGGAAUUGGACUGUGCAGUUUAACUUGCUUCCUUCUGUUUAGUAUCCUUUUAUUUGCACACUAAAGCCCAGCUUCUAGUUACGGCAGAUUUUGAAGUAAGCUGCCAAUGUGCUUUAUUCUGUAAAUUACUGAUUUGUGAUAUGAAUGGAUAUAAAGGUGACGAAGGCCUUUAGCAAUAUGCAGAAAAGUUUAUUACUAUGUAUAACAAGCAAGUUUAUUACUAUGUAUAACAAGCAAAUAGAGGAGUGUUAGUAGCCUAAUAAAAAUAAGGGUCAAUAUGGGAGACAAGCCAUAUUGGUUAUUCGGAAAACAUAAAACAAAGUGUGAAAUCUAACAUGCAUUCCAAUCAGUGUUUCCUGAUGUUCAGUUUUACCAUGAUCUAAGCUGUGAAACAGUGCUGAAUACAGCUAUUUUUAAAAAAAUCAUUUUUAUUGAUUUUCCAAUAAAAACAGCCACUGAAUACAGCUAUUUAAAGUGACAUCUUGCUAUAGGGUCUGCCCUCUUCCUAUGCAAAUGAGUUUUUCAGACCUUUUAUUAUGUAUUCAUGGAACACCACAUUUGAAGGUACUUUGGGUCCAGUCUGUUUAGGACUAUGUGCAUUAAUACAAGAACCUUGAAUACGGUCCGGUAGCAAAUUGGUAACCUCUUUUUAAUAGGUACAGUUUGUUCAUAAAAAGCUUCCCAGGAUAGUUCAUUGGUUAAAGUGUGUUGAUUGUGUGAAUAAAAGCAAAGGGAAUUUGUGGGAAUUACCUGGCAGGAAAUGUGGACUGGCAAAAACCACUAUUUGGAAAAAGUCAGUACAACUAUUGAAAUGUCACCCUCAGUCGGUUCUGCCGUGCGUGUGUGUCUGUGUGCAUAGACGUAGCCAGGGGGGGCAGCUGCUCCCCAUCAAGUAAAUAAAUAAAAAUACUUAACUAAAAGUAGAAAUUGUAGAAAUAUUUUGACAGAUUUUUCUGAGCACUUGGGUCAAAAGAAAGUAAUUUAAAGUAAAAGUUGUUGAGACAUUUCAUUCUGAAUCUGCUAGACAGAGCCAGACAGAGGAUGAUGACAGGUGGGUGUCCUGCCCCCCCCAACAUAAAUCCUAGCUAUGCCCGUGUGUGUGUGUGUGUGUGUGUGUGUGUGUGUUAGAAUUAUAUAUUCACACUUAGGUUGUGUACACACUGCACAUUUAAAGCACACACCCCUCCAAAAGAGUCAUGGGAACUGUUGUUUACCCUCACAAAGCUACAAUUUCUAGUACCCAUAACAAACUAUGGUUCUCAGGAUUCUUUAGUGGAAGCCAUGUGCUUUAUAUGUAUAGUGUUUACAUAGCCACCCACAUGGAGAGUUGCUUUUAGAAAUGAUGAGUUAGAUUUUAAAAGACGUUUAGACAAAUACAGUAAAUGGGUUAUGGAUUUUUAUCAAUAGUGAUUAGCCACAGCUAAACAGAAACUCCCCAGUCAGAAGCAGUAUACCUCCAGUUAUCAGAGGCUGGAAACAGACUAUAAGGGACGGGCACUGCCUUCAUGCCCUGCUUGUCAACCUUCCCAGAUGCAUCUAGUUGGCCACUGUUAAGAAAAGAAUGCUGGACAAGAUGGACCUUGGUCACGCCCAGCAGGGCUCUUCUUAUGUUCUUAUCCCAUUCUCUCUCAUGUGCAGGCAGGCACACAGAUCAGUUUGCAGAGAGAGAGAUUUGUGCUGUUUUUAUUCCUCUCGGGAAGCCCUUUUGGCUGACAUGGCCCAUGGAGAAACAACAGAUGUCUGUUUACUCUGCUUGCAUUCCAUCGCACUGGCUUGUAGUAGUGUAUAGAAAGCAGCAGCAGCCAUGCUGCAUUUUACUGUUUCUCUUCCCCUUCCCUGCAGUUGUUUUCACGUCAUCAACUACAGCACCAGUUCAUGGUGGCACGGGGUGCUAUGAUCUGCACACUUUAAUUGGAGUCCACUUCACAUCUUGGCUCUGCAGUGGUAACUUUGUGCAGCAUCAUGCUGUGGAUGAUUAUAUUUGUCCUCCUGGCUCCUAUGAGUUCCCAAAAAGCACUUCUCUCUCCACUCAACUGCCUGUCAGGUUAGAACCGUUAGAUCAUCUGGAUCGGACUUGUACUGAGCAAGGCCAAGGAACAGGGCUGGGACUGCAAAUGGGUGUGUGUAUUGUGUUACAUUUAUUCACUUUUAAAACAUCCAGAUUCUUCCAGUAAAAUAUGCAAAUUCUGUGUUCAGUAUAAUUUGGGCUAAACUAAUGUGUCACUUGGAAGCAUGUCAGGAAUUUAAUAAUGACACACACACACCCUCCGGGUUUUCAUUGCAGCUUUAGUGUGUAGUGAUGGAAUCCCACCCCACAAAAUCCCACCCCACCUCCAUGAUGUUAUUAGCCUUAGGAGGAAAAACACCCUUCCUACGUGCUGUGGUCCUGAUAAAAAUCACUUCCUGCACCUAUUACUUUUAUUAUUUUAAAAUCUCUGAUGUCCUUUCAAGUUAUACACUUAGCAUCAUAUGUGGUUUAACAUUUAGUUGCAGUCUCAGAGAUUUUGAAAUACUUUGUUCACAAGAAGCCCACUCUGAUUCAUUUAAAGUUACUGACCUCCUGGGUGACUCACAUACUUCUCCCGAACUGGAGCAGAUCUGUAUAUUUCAGGCUGUUGCCUGUUCUUGGGAUGAGGAGGAAGGCCAAUGGCCAGUUUCACUGGUCCAAACCGGCUCUUCCCUUUUGCCUGGAACAUGACUAAUAUAGCUCCAGCUGCACCGACUACUAUUACAAUUCAAAUUAUUUACAUUAUUUACUAUUGCUAUUCAUGUUAUUUACAUUUAUAUCCUGCCUUUCUUCCAGAAAACUCACAACAACCCUGUGAAGUAGAUUAGGCUGAGAGAGUGUGACCCUGUAAACUUUGUGGCUGCAGGCGGUGGUAUUUGAACCUAAGUCUCCCCAGAGCUCCCCUGUAUCGCUGACCUGCUAUAUACAAUGUAAUUGGCAGAGAGAACAUGAAAGUGUACCCACCUCACUUUCCAGACCAGGAUUUUCCCAUGUUAACAAUCAAUAUUAACAACUUCUUGCUGCAUUUCCCCUACCAUGGACAAGUUGUUUUAUCCCCAUUCCCUGCACCAAAACUGUGAUCCAAACAAAAUGCCCCCAAAGUGCGUUUGGCAUGGGAGAAAAGCUUUAAUAUGUGCCAGUGGCAGUUUCCUUUCCCUGCCAAACAGCCACUUCAAGGGUGGUAUUUUUGCUGGGAUCGUGGAAGAGUAAGGAAAUGGUUAAUAAAAUAAAAUAAAAAUACCCUCACUGCAGUCUCAAUCCCAUGGCUGCUAUUUAAAGUUUUAAAAGAAUCACAUAUUGCCAGGCUAUGCAUUUAGAUGUAACGUAUAAUUUGGCCCUACACAAAGAACUGGGGAGAAACAGAAUAUAGGAUCUAGAUGGGGAAAGGCAGAGUAUAGGAUUUGCAGAAAGACAUGGUGUGAGGCAGAAAAUUUUCCAGUGCUCAAUUUUUCCAUGCAAAAACAUGAUUGCAUAAGUUCAUUAGUAACUAUAAAUAUUGGGCAUGCUUGACAGCUUUAAAGUUUUUCGUUCGGUUUACUAACCGCAACUCCUAUCAGCCAUGGCCAGUGGCCAGGGAUCAUGGGAGUUGUAGUCCAGCAACAUCUGGAGGGCACCACAUUGUCUUCCUUUGCUGUAGGACACCAGAAUAUUUUCCUUCACAAAUUACCCUAAUUCACCAUUUCCUGGAAAACCCUCAUCACUGCCAGAGAGGAUGAAAGCGGACAGGAGAGGUUUUGACAAGUAGUUUUUGUAGGAAGAGAUAAAAUUGGUUGAUACAAUCCUACCUUUUGAGAGUCCGAGAACAUAGAAGGAAUAUGUCGUGUCAUUUAGGGGCUUGUUUCAUCCACUCUGCUGUAUGUGUUGGUCUGCUUCCUGUGAACUUCUGUGAGCAGUAUAGCUAUGCAAUGCUUGGAGAUAAUUUGGUGAUUCUCAGAUGUGUUUGGAUUUUGGAGAGACAGAUUUGACAUUUGCCGGGGGUAGGUAGGGCACAUCUGCACUGUGUAUAGGUGCUUUAAUCUUUGCCAGCUGGGCAAGGCAAUGCAACCAAGAAAUGCCACUGGAGAAUUUGGUGUCUGGAAACCAGUGGACAGAUUCCCCAUUUUAGAGAGGAUGUCCUAGGUAUGGGCUGUGCAACAUGAUCUAAUAAGGUGGGGGAUCUCUGCACUGUAAACUGUUAAUAUACUCUUAUUUUACUGGGAGUUGUAGUUUGGUGUGUGCGCGUGAUGAGAAUUCUGCCUAUACAAUGCCGUCUUGAACACUGUAGCUACCCAGCUAUCAAGAGCAUGAGACUUAUCCAUGUAGAACCACUCUACACUUUCUGCUUUUUUUUGUAGCUAGACUGUAGGUGGAAAAUAAUAAACAUCUUACCUUGUUUUGGAAGAUUUCAUAACCUGGAAGGGCUCCCACAAGAUGUAGGAGUAGCUGCUGUAGCUAAUUUGGGCUGUAUUCAAUUCUAGCUCUGUGGUUUCUAAUCCUUCCAAAGCACCUGACUGAUACCCUCCAGCCCCAGCUACUUAAGCUGCAUAUUUGGCACUCGUGGGCCGUUAGACUAAAGCAUAAGGUUCUCUCCAGAGCAGAAGCAGAGAGGGUAUUUGGGCCCUCUCUAUGGUUACUAGAAGGGAUGUAAGUGGCACCACAAAUGAAGUACAGAGAUGGGCAAUAUACAGUGGCACCUCGGAUUAAGUACUUAAUUCAUUCCGGAGGUCCGUUCUUAACCUGAAACUGUUCUUAACCUGAAGCACCACUUUAGCUAAUGGGGCCUCCUGCUGCUGCCGCGCCGCCGGAGCACGAUUUCUGUUCUCAUCCUGAAGCAAAGUUCUUAACCUGAGGUACUGUUUCUGGGUUAGUGGAUUCUGUAACCUGAAGUGUAUGUAACCUGAAGCGUAUGUAACCUGAGGUACCACUGUAUAGCUCAUAGGGAGUUUUCCUGGGCGCCUCUGUUGUGCUGAGCUCAGCCAUGCCAACUGAGACUAGCAGAGAUGCUAACUGUAUCUGUGAGAGCAAACUUAGCCUGCGUUGGGUACGGGAAUGCUAUAGCUGCGACUCAUUUUUGAGAGGGACCACAUCUUGCACUGCACAAGGGCUGAAGGGAUAGCAACAUGAGUGAGCAGCCAAGGGACUGCUGAUGAUGUUGUCAUACAAUGAGAAGGGACUCAAGACUGCCUUUGGCCUUUGCAUAGGGGGAGGGGUUCUUGCUUCUGUGCCAUUUGGUAGAAGAAAGUGGGCGAAGUGCACUGUAAAAGGGAGCUGUGCUGGAGGCCAAAUGGAAACAACUCCAGGGGGCAUGCUCUCAAACAUCUUGGGCUCAAAUUGGCAUUUUCCUUACAGCAGGCUUGCUUCUGUUCUUGGGGACUGGGUUGUUUUUUUAAGUGGGGGCAUUUGUGAGUGCCUUCAGACUGUUGCUGUUUUGUGGGAGAGAUUCAAGUGCAUACAGGAAAUUUAGGUUUGCACAGUUAAAGUAGUUUACCUUAGCACAAAAAAUCUACUUAAGAAAACAACAUACCGUACUUUUUGCAGUUAGAAAAGUGAUGGGGGAAUGUGCUAAGAAAUGUGGAAUGAAUAAAUGAUUAACAGGAAGACAUGUAAACACCACCACCCCACACACAAAUCCAGGUGAAUGCUCAUUGUUUCAUAACCUCCCCAUAAAGAAAUAAUAACAAAUGCUUACUAAAAUGGGGCAUAGUUAAAUCACCAUGUAAGCUUUGUAGAAGCAAAUUAGGAUGAAUGCUCAAUAAACAGGCUGUCUGAAGGAGCCCUAAGUGUUGGACUUGGGAAGAAUAAGUUGUAAGAAGUGAAGGGGUGUCAGUGUCAAGUUCUGUACCUGCAUGCCCUGUUUUCUUUUACCCCAAUAUCAGGUUUAAACAGGUACCAUAAUGUCAUGGACAUUUUGGGCUUUUUGUUUGUUUGUAUCUAUUAUGUUUUUAGCCUCAUGCUACAUUGAAUGCGUUCUGUCUAGGACUGGACCAUGCCAAAAUUGUGUGCUGACUAAUAAAUCCACUUGCUGGGGCUUGUUCUUUCUGGGCAAAUUCUUCCAAAGAUUGGUGCCAGUCCAACAGCUUGUGACAAGAGUCUUGUGCUAAGCACACUGGAAUGCUGGCCAAGGGCGAGGAGAACAAUUCAUUACUAUGGACCAAAGAAAGUUGGAGACUUUUUCCAGGUCAAAGUGGAAAGAACAGAUAGGUGACUCAUAAUCCAAAAUCCAUCAGAGUGCCUCCUCCCCAUUUUAAAGCUGGAGGCUGUGUGUCUCGUACUUGAAUGUGUCACUUUAUUCUGAUAUUUUACUCUGGGAAUCUCUCCGGGACAUCUGCCAUGGAAUCCAUUUAAACCUCAUUAUUAUUGUGUUUUGCAUUGCCAGUGCUUCAGAUCUGUAGAUUAUAGCUGGGGUCGUAUUACUACUAUGUACUUUUUAGACUUCCUGUCUUCUGUUUACACAUAUCCUACAAUUUCUGAGAAGCUUUGCUGGCUUUUCCCAUGUGGAAAGUUCUGCAUAUAUAUUUUUUAAUAAAACUGUGAAUCUCAUACUGUAUACCUAUUUUUAAUUCACGUCCCUGUUCAUUCAGAGUCUUUCACCCAGACAUACAUAGCACAGAUUCUUCUGGCUAAGAAGUUUCUCACAGUUGUCAAACACUCACUCAACCGUUGGUAAAUCUGGGGUGGAUGGCAGAAGAAUCUCACCUCAUAAUGUGUGUUGUGGCUUGGUUUUCUUCAACUUUUUUGGGUUUGCUUUGCUGUGUUUGUUUCUUGCCUUUAUUAUCCUCACUUCUUCUGUAGUGACUUGGUCUCCGCUUUGUAUGCACUGAGUGUGGAAUGUAGAUUGAGAAAAAGAAGUGGGGACUUGACCUUAGUCUACCCUGCAUUGGAGUGAAAGGGCUCCACAAGUGCAGAAUUAAGUUUCUUGCCUGCUGUUGCGUUUGUGGUAACAUCUCUGAGGGCAGGUCAAGUUCCAGAACAUCUCUGUCAUUCCCCUCUACCCCAGAAAACAUAGUUGUCAAUGAACUCCCUCUUCAUCCAAGAACACAGACCCUCCAAGUGUCCCUAUUUUCCAGGAACAUCCGUGAUUUAGAGAAGCCACCACGGUUUCUUAUUUGAUCCCAGAGUGUCCCACUUUUCCUUAUGAUGUCCCUAUUUUCUUUGGAGAAAUCUUGGGGAGUAGGGAGUUAUCCGGCCCCCGAGCUGUUUGAAGGCAAUCCUGUAUAGGGAAGUUUUUUUUAAUGUUUAAUGUUUUAUUAUGUUUUUAUAUUUGUUGGAAGCUCCCCACAGUGGCUGGGGCAACCCAGUAAGAUGUGUGGGGUAUAAAUAGUAAAAUAUCAUUAUGGAAUGGGAUGUUCCUAUUUUCAUUGGAGAAAUGUUGGAAGGUAUGAGAACAUUCCCCACUUGAAAUUAUGCCAGUAAAGGCAGGCAUGCUCAGAGGCCUCUCUCACUGUCUACCUGGUUUUACUCUCCUGAGGACUGGAAUGUGAUUUUCAGAGCAGCAGAACCCACCUAAAUGCAGGGUGCUAAAAAAUAAGUUAACCUUUGCAGAUGUUUGAAUUGGGGCAUCCAGCACAUGGGAAACCUAGGCCUUUGCUUUGAGAGACCCAAACCAAGCCAGCUCUAUGGCCAUUACUUCAGGUUCUUGCACAUGUGAUAGGGUGAAACUACGUGGGACAAGCUGCUUCUGUGCCUGCAUUAGGUCCAGAAGCCACACUUGUAACUGUGUUGAUGCUGAUGUGGGAUGACUUGUCCUGCAUCAGAGUGUUUAAAGGGGAAUAGUGUGGCAUGGGACAGCCUGGCACCAAUACCGCUCCAGAAACAGGUGCCACAAGCACUCAUCUGCAGCACAGGUCCCUGGGAUUUGUUUGUAUAUCAGAUAUACUGUAUCUGAUAUGCAGGUGGCCUGUAAAGUUGUGGCAGUUCCACACCAGACAUUUAAAGCCCAUUCAAUGGACAUUUAAAGCACAUUACUUCCCCCAAAGAAUCCUGGGAUCUGUAAUUUAAGGUUGAGUGUGUUUUAAAUGCAUGCUGUAGAUCUGUCCUUGCACUAGUAAAGACUCUCCUUAGAUGGUAGCAAGGUACUAACUAAACCAUACCCCUCAACUGCCCCAAAUAAAUUGGAACAUCCCAUUUUGGGCGGCCGUGCUCUAAAGAAAAAAUGUGAGGGUCGUGUGACUUGCAUGGGAGCACAUCCCAAAAGAUGCACUUUUUUCCAUGGUGACAUGUUGGAGAGUAUGCUAAACCCUGGGACAGGAUGCUCCAGGAAAAAUGGAUUUAAGUGGGUUCUCCUUUUUUGAGGGGGAAGCAGUUCUCUCUCCCUUACAAACGCAAAAGUUAUCUAUGCGAAUAUUACCCUUGGCAAUUCCUGCAGAUUUCAGGAACAGCGCAAUACAUUUUACUGCCCGAGGCAAAGGGCAAGAUGACGCCUCCCUCAUUCCAUGCACAAGAGUUGACAUGGUAGCUGAAUCCUGUUUUAACAGUGGCGAAGGGCCAAAGGCCUCCACUGCACCCAAGAGCAAAGGGGUGCAUGGAAGGACAUGUAAGCUAGCACACAACUGUCUGCUUCCCGUCUGUCAUUAUUUGCCAUGUGGGGCUGAUGCCUUCCUUUGCCUAAUGGUAGUGCCGGUGUUGGCAGAUAUACUUGGAAAUGGAGGGAAUUAUCUAGUUGGAUGAUCUCAGUAGCACUUCUCUGCCUCAGAAGUUCUUUAUCACACUUUCCUUUUCCCCAUUUCUCAAAAGCAUGCGGUGCACAACAGGGGUUAUAAAGAAGGAUUGUGCUUUACAAUCUAAAUUCCCAUCUGGUAACCAUAGAAUCAUAGAAUUGUAGAGUUGGAAGGGGCCCUGAGAGUCGUGUAGUCCAACUUCCUGCAAUGCAAUAAUUGGUAAUUUGUAUGACACCUUCCCAUAGUUAAAACAUUCUCAACGUGGCUUACAUCAAAAUAAGAUGAACAGAAAUCAAAAGGAAGUGAUAACCAUGCUCAGUUAAACUCAUUGGUGCCAUUCCUUGACCAUCAGGCUUAUGCUUCUUGUUGGGAUUGUACUGUACAGAAAAAAAUAGGAAAGGCUAGAGAAAGUAUCAUCAUGCAUAUGAAGGGUGUAUGUAUGUAUGCACUGUAGACAUUAAUCUUAUCAGCACUGCAUUUUUAAGGCAGAUGCAGAUAAAAUCAAGAGGGUUCAGAUAACAAAUGGUUUGAAAUGUGUCUUGUUUUUGGAGCUUUGUGCUAUUUUUAGAUAUGUUCUUAGGUUAAAUAAGUUGAGUAUACUGAGUAUCACUUGUGAAUCUACAGAUUCAAAUUCCACCAUAGUGCCCUUUGGCAUUUCCUAACUUCCUUUCCAUGAUGACCAUGAACUAAUCUGUUGGGCUUCUUGGAUGUAGACUGAGGAGCUUUCUGUUUUGCAGGCAAAGGGGCUAAGUGGUCUUUUCCAUUCCAUUUCCCCCAAAAUUUGCAGUAACAGCCUCAAUCUCUUACACUGUCGCUUCAUUAUGUUGCUGAAAGGUUAGGGCCCCUCCAGACUGGUGUGUUUGUGUAUUUUGCAGGUGUAUUCUAUAACAUGUCAUUGGUGCAAUAAUAGUGCAUUUGUGGUGGAUUUAUAUACAUAAUUUCGCUUUUAUUAGCUGUUCUGUGAUGCUUUCCCAGUGUUGCUGCUACUGCUAUCUGGAGGCGCACUCUUGUGCUAUAGCGCAACAAAAGCAGGACAACCCUUGCCCCCGCUCCACCUUGGAACAUUACAGGAUCUUAGCAUGAAGCUUGCAGGAGCAAACAGUGUUGAGAGCAGGAUCGCAUAUAACUGCCCCCUGAGCACAAAUAAUCAUGAAUGCCUGGUAAAAAGUACGUCUGGAGGGGCCAUUAGUAUGUAUUUGUGGAUACAGCCCUUUGUGCAUUCCUUGUGUCAUUUUGCACACUCUGUGCAUUUGCUCUGAAGGAAGGUGUGCAGCCGCUGUCCUUCAUGUGUUGUAUGUGCUGUGUAUGUGCUGUAUUUGCAUCUUCUGCUGGAAUCGGUGCUAAUGAUAGUACAGUUUUUGCUCUUUUUGUGGUCGUGAGUUCACAGCUUUCGGCUGGCCUUGAGUGGGAGGGUGGGGUCUUGCCUGUGUUGUCAUGCCAGGAUUUGGAGACAUUAAUGUGCCUCCAUGGCCCAGUGUAACUAUGGGAUCAUGCCCCCAUCCUCUUUCCUCACCUCUGAGCUGGGACUACAGGGACCAGAACCUACACGCAUCAAGCCAGAAAGGGGCUUGCUAAGCAGCAAGACAUCUCACUGUGUUGCAGACCUUUCUGCAACUGAUCGUAAGCCAAAUCCCCUUUGCCUUUCUCUGGAGACUAGAGAAUUUCUCUGACUCACGUUGAGCCUUGGAAAGCAAGGACACUGCUUUGCAAGCCUCCCUGGCAUACAGCAAAAGGGAAAUACUGGGGGAUCUUGCAAGGAAAAGAAAAGAAAAAGAAGUAAAGUGCUGACUAGUGGUGAGCUGAUGAGCUUGCCUAGGGCCCAAGGGUAAUAGCUACUAUUCUGCAAAGCUGCACUGGUUUCUCUGUGUGUAUGUGUGUGUGCGCACACUGUGUGGUUAUUACUGCUCUCUCCUGUUGCUUCUCUCCAGCGCACUAUGCUGUGAGUGAUAAAAGUGAUUAUAUUGCUGUGCUCUUUGCUUGCUUUCUCUUUAUCAUAUAGCCGUCUCUGCUGUAAUCUCAGUGCAAAGUUGUCAAGAGAAUCUACCCACUUUUAAAAGAAUAGGAAGGAGCCUGACUCUCACCUCACACUUGAACACACAAUAAGGUAGUGCCCUAGAAGUAAAAUUGCACAGAGCUAGGCCCAGCUUCCCAGCUUGGUAUGAGUCUUCGCAAGGCACAAACCACAAGCUUAUAAGCAAAGAACAAACCUUGGUUACAGCUUGUGGGCUAUUUAGAGUGAGACAAACCUAGAUCCGGGGUUUGGACAUAAAGCUAAGCCAAACCAUGGCUUAGCUCCUGGUAGUAUGGCAGCAACAGAAGCAGGGGAGGUGUUAGGAGGCACAAAUUUAUCACUGUUGCACCUGCAUAUUUGCCCAUUCAUGUUAAGCCAUACUUUGGCUUAGCAUUAUCUGCAUGGUGCAGAGAACUGAGGAGAGUUUUUCAUGAUGCUGGGUCAGGAGAUUAUACUUCUGUGCCAAUAAAUUCUGAAUUAUCCAUAAACUGUCAUUUUCUGAACAUGGAAGUGGGGACACCAUCUUGUUCUUUGCCCCAGGCAGCAAAAUGGGCCAGAUCUGGGAGCAAAGGUUUGGAAGCCCCACCUUCAACUACUGGAAAACUUGUUUGUUCUUCAGGCUCUAAAAUUUCAGCAGGGAUUACUCAUACUUUCAAAUGUACCUUCACAGUCAUAAGGCCUAGGAACUUGUACGGGUUGACUUUAAAAAAAGUAGAAACUGAAAUUCUCAUGAAACUGGAUCCCAUAACCUGGCUGUCUGUACUUUUUGUGCUCCUGUGGAAUUGCCGUCUCAAACAUAUCUCUGUUUCACAGAGAGAUAAACUUCUGGAAGCUGUUCUAAAAAUGCAUGCCAGUACAGCAGCAAAUAAGUAGAGUAAAGGUUGAUUUGGUGUACAUUACUACGUCUUCUACACUUCAUCAAAACCAUGGGCAGGGAGCCUCAGGCCCAAGGACCAAAUUGAGCCUUUCAGGCCUUUGGGACUUUUCCAGGACCAGGACCCAUCUCAAAUCUUGCCCUUCACUGCCCCUUCUCUGCACCCUCCUCAAGUAACUUUGCCUGUCUGGAAUUGGUUCUUGGGGUACUAUAAUGCCUCUUGCUUGCAUGUAGAAAUCUCUUUUUUAUGCAUGGCAGAAAUGAAGUCUACUGUAGAAAGCUUAGAGUCAAUAUGUUGCUCCACCCACUUUUGUAUCUGGCCCCACCCACCAUCUGGAAAGUUGCCCAUGAGGAAAUGUGUCCCUCUGUCCUGGCUGAAACAGGUCGCUGCUUUGUUGCAUUGCUCUGGAGUUGUUAAUGCCUCCUUAUUUUCCCUUUUGAAGACCUGUCACUUACAGUAGACCCCGAGGAUGAAUCAGGCUUCCUAUAUUGCACUAUCAAAACCAUAGCUGCCAGCAAGGGAACAAACCAAAUUCCCUGUGGUUUAGUUUAACUUAAUUCCUACUUGAGUUUUGACCCAAGAAAAGCAUCCAUUCUGAUGACGCCAGCAAAGACUUGUGUGCUCAAAGGCCAGGCUAGGGACUGCUGUGGGUUCAUUGUGCUUAGAGAAUUAAAACCAAAGGGAAGUCUGGGUUACAGUGAUGCAACUAGCUCAAUUGCUGACAUUUACUGAGAGAGAACAAAGACCCAGUGGAACUACCCAGUGUGCAUGUGGCUUUGACUUGGAUUGGAUAAAACCAGAAGGCUUUCAGGGGAGGGGGUUUUGCACCCAAUUUUAGGCAAGGUUUUGCAAUCUGCAAUGAAAUAAGUUAUAUUCUGGUUAGCAUGCCGAAAGAUAACCUUGCUUGACAGUCUUGUCUAGGAUACCAGUAGAUGCUUUUAAAUUUUGCUUUAUUUUGUCACUUGCUCCAUACCUUCUUUUUGCCCACUAUCUUAAUAACAUCUUCUUGAAUUCAUAACUGGAGCAGUGUAACUAAGCAUCUGAGAUGAGGCGGCCGGCUUUUGGCACAUGCCAGUCUCCACAAAGGUGGAAUAUCUUGCAUAUUCCCCUUGCUCUCUUAAUGGGGCUAGGUGGCAUUACUAGGGUUUCCCAGAGAAGAAAGGUGUCAGAGCAGCAUGCGUGGAGCAUGAGAUGUUGAGCAAAUGGAGGCUUGCUUGUGCUGGUUUAGGGAGCAGCAGGGUCUACCUGGGAUCAUUAGGUUCCUUGCCAUCUAUCCUUCCUGUUCCUUAUUUCUGGAGAUUCCUCUGUCUUCUCAUCCUGAGCAGACUAGCUAGCUCUGUGCAAAAACCAGCAUUUGGAAGGGCUACUAGUAAUAUGGGGGCGGGGAGGCUUUUUCCAUUUAGCAAAUGUGGGAGAGAUGGCUCUGAGUGGCUGGAGAAGAUUUUGAAGGUAGCACUUGAACAGCAUUGAUUUCUUCCCACACCCAUCAAGGAACUGGGAGAAAGAGCGUCAGCUUUAGAUAUAAGUAGGUUGCUUGUCUGGAACGGCUCCUGAUCUAGAAGCAUCGGUGACUCUGGGAUACUUGGGCUGCUUCUCUGUCUUAUGUGCAAGAUGUAUCCCGUUCCCCUGCCCUCUUGGGUCACUUCCAGCCUUCAGUUCUAACAUUGCAUCUUGCUGAGCUGGAUAAUAGAACAAGCACACCCCUUUACCCUUGCCUCUGGUUUGAGGAGAGGCUUGAUAGGUCAGCCCAAAAGUCAUGUGUUUGACCAAAAGGCAGGAGGGAGAUAAUAGAUUCCUCUAAUGCAUUGUACGUAGGCCUGCUUUUGAAUGCUAUUUGGAAGCUCCAGUUAAUGCAAAAUGCAGUUGCUAUAAUGCUAAAUGGGACGCGGGUGGUGCUGUGGGUUAAACCACAGAGCCUAGGACUUGCCGAUCAGAAGGUCGGCGGUUCGAAUCCCUGCGACGGGGUGAGCUCCCGUUCCUCGGUCCCUGCUCCUGCCAACCUAGCAGUUCAAAAGCAUGUCGAAGUGCAAGGAGAUAAAUAGGUACCAUUCCAGCGGGAAGGUAAACGGCGUUUCUGUGCGCUGCUGUGGUUCGCCAGAAGCGGCUUAGUCAUGCUGGCCACAUGACCUGGAAGCUGUACGCCGGCUCCCUCGGCCAAUAAAGCAAGAUGAGAGCCGCAACCCCAGAGUCGGUCACAACUGGACCUAAUGGUCGGGGGUCCCUUUACCUUUAUGGUGCUAAAUGGGACUGUCUGUUGGGGACACAGACAGCAAUGGGAGACAGUGAUGGCCACCGACUUGGAUGGCUUUAAAGGUGGAUUAGACAUGUUCGUGAGGACUAGGCUUAUCAACAGCUUCUAACCCUGAUGGCUGAGUUCUUUCUCCAUUGUCAGAGGCAGCAUGGCUCUGAAUGGCAGUUGCUGGGGGUCACAGGUGAGCAGAGUGCUGUUGCUCUCAUGUCCUGCUCACAGGCUUCCCAUGGGCAUCUGGUUGACCAGUAGGAGAACAGGAUGCUGGACUAGAUGGGCCAUUGACUUGAUUCAGCAUGCUCUUCUUGCGUUUUUAUGGCACAUUUCAUAAGAUACUGCAUUAUACUGAGUAAGAUUACUGGUACACCUAGCUCAGAGUUACCCACACUGACUACGAGCGGCUCUGCAGGAUUUCAGAGAGGGGUCUCUCCCAGCCAUACCUGGAGAUGUAGGGUAUUGAAGCUGGGAUCUUUUGGGUGCAAUGCAGAUGCUCGGCCCCUGAGCUCCAGCCCUUCCCCAUCUUCCUGGUGCUUUAACAUUUGAACUAAUCAAUUUCCAAGCACAAUUCAAAGUGCUGAGGCUUACCUUAAUUCAGGGCGGUCCAACUUUUCAUACCAAGCGGGCCACAAAAGUACUUUGACACCGAACCCAUGGGCCACACCCUGCCCUUUGCUUUGCGGGGGGGGGGGGGCAAAAUUUGACCCUAGAGCUCUCCCACCUCCUUCCCAAAGCUGGGAAAGUGCUAAUUUGGCCUUGGGAAGGAGGCCGGAGCACCCUGUCAGAGCCCUCAUGCCUCCUUCCCAAAGCCCAGUGCCUCCUAUAACCAGCUUUGGGAAGGCAACAAGAGGGUGGUGAAGGAGGUGGGUUGGAUAAUGGAUAAUUUUGUUGAGGGCCACCAAAAAGGCCUUGCCCCACAUGUUGGACCGCCCUGCCUUAAGUCCUUCAUGGCAGGGACCCUCUUCCCUUGAACUUUGUCAUAUUCCCUUGAGCUGUGGCCAUUGCUGAGGCUGUCCAUCAGGUGCCCUUGGGGUCUGAAGUGAUGCCUUUAUCAAAUGACUUUUGGUACCUACUUUUGAUUAGUUUUUUGGUACCGGACCAAGAUCUCUUUGUUUUCCUAGCUUUUAGACUCUUGUUAUUGCUUUAUGCUGCUGGUUUGAUUUUUGUUUUAUCUCUUUUUUUAAAAAAAUACUGUGUUUGUUUUUUUAAUCGUUUUUGUGAACUACUCAGGAAAUAUUUAUACAGAAGGGUGUCUUAUAAAUUCUUAAGUUAAAUAAGAUUAAAAAAUGGAGAAUUCCACUACUAGAACCACAAUCUGUACUUGCUGAAACAGACAUACCGUAUUUGAAACUUCUACAAAUAGCUUCUUAAACAGCCUGCACCCAUGACCUAUGUUGUCAAAGGCACACCUUUCUCUUGCAGAGAGGAGUUCAGUGCUAAGUUGUUAAACCUCCCAGCUCUUUAAAGCCACAAAUCUCCAUUUGCUUGUAGGGCUGCAAGGGGAAGAAAGCACAUAGGAUUCCUUUUUCCUUGAUCUUCUCUUUGGGAUUCAUGAACAUAAAUACAUACAAACACACACUCUUGAUUCCUUUUCCCUGAUCUCUGGCUUGGCUGAACUGCCGGGUGCUUGGCUUAGAAAGUGCAAAGCAGCAGUUCCCUUCUACAAAGCCACACUGUUCAGAACAAAAAUCUUCCUUCUACGAGGUUGCAUUUUUUGCCAGUGAUUCAGCAGCACGUGAGUGGAAAAGCCUGGAGCCGUAACUAUUAGCCAGGCCUAAAGACUCUCAGCUGCUGUCACACAAUCGUCUGGGCCAGGCCAAAAGCAUCCAAGCCAGGCCACAGCCAGUUUGCAGCAAACGGAACUCAAAGCGGGCUCUGAAACUGAGCCUGAUGAUGGAUGCACCAUAUGUGCAGUGAUGGGAGAGAGCCCUGCGCACAGAGAUGUGUCCUCCCCUUUCCUGCGAUGCUUGAAACUCCUAACUAGGAUUAAUGCUGAAGGAAACAGUGAAAAUCAUAGACCUGGAACUGACUUGCUUCAGCCCAGCAUUUCACACUGAGAGCCUGCCACGUUUGCAUGUCUCAAUAAGCCAGACUUUCCAGCUUAUUGUGGUUUCUUGUGAACAAGCGACUCCUCUCCUGGCUCAAGUGGCACAAACAAACCAGGAAACGUUGGCUUUCCAUUACUGUAUAUCCAAACAAGGAAACAUGGUUUAUUGCUCCCUGACAAGUAGCUAUAGCUAACCAGCCUUCUGCUAUGGUUUGUUGUUGGCUUGCUGAUUGUGGCUUGCUAGUUAGAAAUUAUCUAACUGCACAACUGCCUGUAUCCCACCAUUUAAGAGUUAACACAUGUCCAGUGCCAUCUUCCCAGUGGUUUAGAGGCAAAGGCAAACAAGUACCAUCCAUCUUGCUCAUGACUACCUUUAACGUGCCUUCUUUUAUUUUUCUGUUCUCUGAACGUAGCUGGUUGUUUCAAUCAUCAGCAGAGUUGAAAAAGAUCCAGUGGGUAAUUGAUUCCAGGGGUGGCCAAUGGACUGUCCACAAGCUGCAUCUGAACCACAAAGCGAUUGCGGCUAGACUCCAAGGGCCUUACUAAAUUUUAUUCAGAUUAUGGUGUGUGUGGUUUUUUUAAAAAAGUGUUCACAGUUUCUCCUGUGAGAUUGCAGUUUAAAAUUGUUUUCAGAAGCUGUGAGCAAGAAAAAGACUCCUCACCUCAGCGUUCCACCGGUUUGUGUUUUGCAUGCUACGCCCCUACUGAUAACCUAAACUGAGAUUAUCCAGUUACUUACUGUGACUGAGCAAGCCACACCUUGCCCGGAAUCUCAUCCCAAAAUGUCCCCAACCCUUUAUUUUUUACACAACACAUUCUGAACAAUGUCGGUUUCAGAAGCAGCUGGCUGCAAUGGCCAGAGCAGGCAACAGUUUCCUAAAGCUAAUGCCUCCCUCUCUCCCUGCCGUUGUGUCCAUCUUGUUUUCUCUCUGGAGUGGAACAUGAAACCCAAACAUGGGCUAUCCAUCUCUGGGCUGGAUUACUGGAGGCAAGAUAACUAGCUCAAGGGGAUUUGACACAUUUCAGCACUUGCAAGCCUCUGCUGCUUGUGUUGGGCCAGCUUUCCUGUGAAGCUUUUCUUUGGGAAAGAAGAUCACAGAUGAAGCGGCUCUUUAUCCAGCAGAAAGUGAGGCCUAUACAUGGGGAGUGGGCCCUGGGUCACAUGACCGAGCUGGACAGGGCUUUGAACAGGUGGAAGUCUCCACUUGCCCCACCCGACCUACAGAACACCUUUUGGGGGGUGGGACUUACACCAGUGUUAAUUCUGCUGGCUGAAGUUCUGCUGGAUAAGCCCUGGAUGAGCCAGGGCGAGGGGCUUAGGCUGGCGUGUCUCCAGCUCAGCCGGGGGUGGAUGGGGACUCAGUGGUCGAGCACAUGGUUUUUACACACACGAUCCCAAGUUCCACUCCCUGGAACCUCCAGUUAAAUUAUCUUGGGCAGUACUGCUGGAAACGACCCUGUUUCAGUCCUUGCAGAGCGUCUCUGCCAGUGAGAGUAGACGGUAUUUAGCAUGGAUGGCCCAACAACCUGACUUGAGGACUGGAAACCUUUUGCAGAAUAUCUAAAGCGCUAUUGUAAACAUGUAAAAACGAAGGAGUAUUUGAAUGGAGAACAGCAGUAAAACAUGUACAGUGGUACCUCAGGUUAAGUACUUAAUUCAUUCCGGAGGUCCGUACUUAACCUGAAACUGUUCUUAACCUGAAGCACCACUUUAGCUAAUGGGGCCUCCUGCUGCUGCUGCGCCGCCGGAACACUAUUUCUGUUCUCACCCUAAAGCAAAGUUCUUAACCUGAAGCACUAUUUCUGGGUUAGCAGAGUCUGUAACCUGAAGCGUAUGUAACCUGAGGUACCACUGUAUCUGGAAGCAAGGAUAGGGUACAGAGUAUUUAUAAUGUGCAGCAAUAUUAGAAAACAUGGGGAAACCAUGGAGGGGUAGAGGGGAGGUCAAAUGAUAAAUGAAUAUUAAUUGGAAAGUAUGCAUUGUGUAUUAAAUUUGUAAACUUUUGAAACUUAUAAUUAAAAACAACAACAACAACAACCAGCCUGACUCUCCAUAAGGCAGCUUUAUAUGAGGAAUCUUCCAGCCAGCAGGAUGUUGAGUCAGGUUUGUGUAUGAGGAAAAAAUGAUACGGUCUCUCUCAACACAGAGAAGCUGUGUCCAGUAAAAACAAUGAAGAGUCCUGUGGCAAGACAAAGACUAACAAAUGCAUGCCUCUGAUAAAGCACGAUGUGGCUCCUGGAAGCUUUGUGCUGCAAUAAAUGUGCUGGCUUUUUUUGGUACCACAGAACCCUGCCUUCUUUUUUCUGCUGCCCGCUACAGACUAACAUGGCUGCCCCUCUGGAAUUCAUACUCAAUUACGCUGAUUGGCAACAUGUGUAUGGCAUUCCAGAGUUUACUGAUGGAAUGUGUUGCUCUACAAGAUGUUCUGAGUAGGCCUGGGUGGUGUAUCAAUUUGAUACAUGGCCCAGGAACAGUUUGAUGGCCAGAGCAUGAUGGCGCCUUCACCUGGUAGUAUAUUGGUGGUGGAGCAAUAUUACUGUCUCCACUGCCAGGCGCUGGCGGCAUUCAGAGCAGAGAUGGUUCCACCCCACUGCCUCUUGGGUCCGGGGCCAACGCAGCUUGUUCUUCCCUAUACUUUUCAACAUUGUGAUGUAUUGCGAAGUUGGGCUGGUGAUACAUCACAAUGUUGAAAACCUGAUAUUACCUAGCCCUAGUUCUGAGGACCUGCUGGUGCCACUCAGGACUUCUGGAAACAGGGUUUCCCUCCCCCUGAGAGUUACAAUCAUUUCUGGUUCAAUUUUCAGUCAGGGGUAGGACCGUGGCUCAGUGGUAGAGGAACUUCAGCGCAUGCAGAAGGUCGCAGGUUCAAUCCCAGGCAGGUAGGGGAAGGAGAGACCCCCGGUCUGAAACCCUGGAGAGCUGCUGCCGCUUAGUGUAGACAAUACUGUGGUAGAUGGACAAUGACCUGGUUCAAUAUAAAGCAGCUUCCUAUGUUCCUAAUGUCUAAGCUUUUGGUGGUGGUGGGAUUUUUUUUUUUUUUUAAGUAAGUUUCUAGCCCUCAUAAAUUGCAGAGAAAAUAAUGAAAGUGGGAGGACUGGGUUGCACAGUCUAGACCAAGUCAUGCAACAACUGAGCAGGAGAACAUCCAAGGCAUUCAAGGACCUAUAGGCUGCUUUGCCUGCUUGCUUCCAGUCUCCUCUGUGGCACAGAAGCAAGGCAAAAAGUUUUAAUUACCAAGCAACCCGGUUACUAAAAGAUAUACAGCAUAUGCAUUGUACUGGGAUGCCUGCUGCCCCCUGUGGGUUGGUUUGCUUAUGUUUUCUAAGUUCACAAGGUGCUCUGUUUGCACUUAGGUGUGGCAUACUCAUUUAGUUUCUGCUACCUGCUGGUGGUGCAGUUGUCUUAUUUAUUUAUUCAUAAAAAAUAUUUCUCUAGCACUGUAUCAUAAAAAAUAUAUCACAGUGGUUUGCAGCAAUAUAAAAACCAAACCAAACAAAAACCAAACAAUAAAAUCCUAAGAAGUUAAAAACAAGUGAAAUGAAAUGAAAAGCAAAUACCACUAGACCAUUGUGGGGAGUGUACUCUUCAGUGUGUGGUGGUUCUGUUGGAGGCUAAAGUGUGUCAGAUCAUGCCUUCAGGCAAGGAUUUGGUUUAACCUUUAAUCAUCAUUUUUGUUUUCCCCGGUGAUGUAUUAAAGUAUAAGUUUAUAGUGCUUGCUUGCUUGGGGCGUAAAGUUUUGUACCAGUGUCUUUAAUGAAUAAAUGGGAGAGAGGUAAUGUGACCCAGAGCUCUGUCACUGAGGUACACUAGCCUUCUCUAAACCAGUGCCUUCCAGACAUUUUGCAUUGCAGUUUCCAGCAGCCCUGACCAGUGGCCAUACUGCCUGUGGCUGGGUAGGGGUUGGAGUCCAACAAUAUCCAGAUGGCACCAGGUUGGGGGAAAGUACAGGUUGGCUGGUCUGGACCCAGCUUAGGAAUUUCAGUAUUAUUUUAUAUGUUGAGAGCAUACAGACUCAUGGAAAAGAUAUUGCCCUUCUUAAUUCAAAUCGCUUUUUCUCUAGCAUCAGCACAGCAAUAAAUGUUUUCUUCAACUCAGUUAUAGGGCAUCUUCUUGCCUCAGGUGCACAUUUUGUGCAAGGAUUCAAAACAUUAGGGCAGGAUUCACCUAAUGAGUCCCGCCAGGAGAAGACCUGUGUGAGGAUUCCACUUGUACAAUGGGAUCCCCUCAAAUUGACUCUGAGGGCAUCAGGAAAAACCCCAAAAUCAGCAUGCAUCAGCAGGAGAAGGGGGUAUCAUUCCAUCUAGCAAGCUGAAAUAUUUGUGCUGACAGAACAUUGGCCUUAGCACAAUCUUGAAUUCCUCCCUUAGUAUUUCUCUAACUUUGAACUUUUUUUGGGCAUUGUGCCUGGCACCAUUGUGCACAAUGUUGCCAGAAAACAGUCAGUUACCACAAACAGUCUGCUCUCUGUGAAUGAACAACUGUCCAGCGUAAUAUGUUACCCCAGACAUGAAUGAAUCUUUCUACAUGUCAAAGCUAUGUUGAUCAUGGGUGUAUUUUGUACCUCCAAUGCCAUUUCUCCUUGUGGGCCUCCCUGGACAUAUUUGAACAGUUUUGGUUGAUGCAACAUGAAGGUUAGGGUUCAUUCAAACCAGUUCAUUUAUCUGUGGUAACAAAUGGAUUACCAUCUUGCUUUUGGAGGAUACUUGCAAAAUUGCUUUCGUGAUAAGCUUUUUAUCCAGGACACAAGGUCCUACCCCUUCGGCCAAUAAAUCACUCAGCAUCUUGCACACAGAUUGCCCUCGCCCUAUACGACAUGCCUCAGCUGUGCCUUUUGCAAAUAAAAAUAAGCUUAUUAACUUUCACUUUAAAUGCUUUUACUUAAAAUGCUUGUUAAAAUUGAAAGAUCUUGGGCCAAGUGCUUGAAGUUCAACAGGGUGGGGUGGGGCACUGUUUCAGUGCUAAGAAUUUCAUCCUCCCAUUAUCUCUCUCAAUAAGGCUGCGUAUACACUAUAUAUAUAAAGCUCAUGGCUUCCCCCUAAAGAUUUCUGGGAAUGGUAGUUUACUCUUCAAAGAGCUGCAUUUCCUAGUAACCCUUAAACCACAGCUCCCAGGGUUCUUUGGGGAAAAUAAUGUGCUUCCAUUGUGCUUUAAAUGUUUGAUGUGUACAUAGCCUAAGACUCUGCAUGUGUGGGUUUCAAGCUGAGUGGGCUUUAGUGACAGGGGGACAGGAAGGCAGGGCAGGGAGGAUUCUGACUCCUGGCUUCUCUGCCAAGGUGGGUGACAGUGUGGUUAAGGCUUUUAUUUCAUUUGGUGUUUUUGUAAAUCCACAACUUUCGGAUUUGCUCAACAACUGUUGGGUUUUCUUUUAAAAAGCUCAACAAUUUUGGUGCUUUCCUCAAUAAUUUUGGGGACUUCCUUUAAGAAAGCUCAAGGAUAGAAAAGGAUACAUUUUUUUUUUUAAAAACCCGUUAUUUCCCUCCAGCAGCCUGGUUUGAAGAUUAAACUACCUGAAGAUGAAGUAGAGGCCAAACGUGAAAUAUUUUUGAUUUGGGUGAAGUUUUCAGUGUGUGAAAUUGGGCUUUCACUUCAGAUUCCUUCCACCUAGGUGAGGUUCUGAAUUACAUUCAACAAGAGAAGGCUAUUAGUCUCCACACUUGAUAACAACCAAUAUCCCUACAGGAACAUGCUUCAGUUGCAAUUUCAGUCUCCCCUGUCUUGGAGACCGGUUGCAGAUCUGUGGCCUUUUGCUCUGAAAUAAAUACAGCAAGGAGGCAUUUCCGGCCUCUUCCUAUAAUCAAAGAACCGCAGAGAGUAAUCAGGAGAGGGCAGUAUAUUGUUUGCAGCAAAGAUGUCCCUAGGGAUUAACAGCUUCAGGCUUUGCCUGCUGAUGCUGCUGAGCGUGGCAAAGGGUGGCGAGUGAGAUUCUCUGUUGGUAGGAUUCUAUUAAGCCUUGGAAGGCCUGGACCCAGUACUGGUGUUGCAUCUGUCUACUAAUUUCCUCUGUGUCUUUAUGUUUCAGUGAUCAGAGCAAAGGCUGUCUCUGAAAAAGAGGUGGACUCCGGAAAUGACAUCUAUGGAAACCCCAUCAAACGCAUCCAGUAUGAAAUCAAGCAGAUAAAGGUAAUGAGCAGUAUAUCGGAAUCCUAAUUGUACAGACCUUAACUAAAAAGAAACGAUGUAUUUAUGUAUCUAAGUCUACACACACACACACACACACACACACACACACACACACACAAAGGCAAGUAACUUCCAAACUCAUUGACUUGCUGCCGUUCUAGCUAGGAUAAUGCAGCUGUUUUGCUAAAAGAUGAAAUGGUGCCAGAAAAGGCUUUGGAAGCUUAUAGUUACCACAAUCCUCCAAAGUAGUUCUGAAUAUCUUAAGACGUUUUUAUGAUGGUGUCUUUGCAACACUGGGUUCUCAAGUGCCUCACUCUGGCCCAACAGAACUGACUGAAGAAAAGUGGGGGGACGGACCCCUUUAGUUCAGGCUAUUUUAUGGGUUAUAAACACCCCAUAGUUUGUUAUGAGUGCUGGGAAUUGUAGCUCUGUGAGAAGAAGACUACAGUUCCCAGGAUUUGUUCAGUGGAGUGGGGGAAUGUGCUUUAAAUGUAUGGUGUGUAUGCAGCCUUAUGCUUAAGGACACCAUAGGCAUGGGAUCUAGACCUCCUUCCUGUCCCUAGUGAGGGAUGGGUUAGAAAUCAUAUUAAAGUGAAUGAUGAGGGACAAGGUACAUCAGAGGGAGAUACCAAGUGCUUGAGAGGGCAAGAAUCAUGACAGGUUGCUUGCAGAGGAAAAACAGCUCCAAUAGGGUCCCCACCUGCUGGCCACUUCCUAUAUUUCUGCAUAUACUUCUGUGGGAAAAGCAGAGGCAAUGCCAUUGGAAACAGGCCUGUUCGGGGCUGAGUAGAAGGGAAAAUGACUCAAAGAGUCUCCAGAGCAAAUGCACACCACCGCUUUAAGCCCUAGAGAAUGCUGGGAUACUUGGACAUCCUGGGCCAAGGUCUUCCCCCUGCUUCCUGCUUACCUUUGAGCAAUGUGUGUUGCCAGCUUCUGAGUUCCUCUAGUACAGCUGUACAUUCUUCUGUUCUUUCAGGGCAAGCAUUUUGCUGGAGGGAGAGGAGUGGUGGAGCGAAGCAAACAUUUUGUGGUUUCUCUUUCUUUUAUGAAUGUCACUGCACUUUUAUUGAUCUUGCAUAUAUGAAUAAUAAUAACAAACAGCAGAAUCCCUUCCACCACCACCCCUUCCACUGCCUGGAGAAGAAUAUACCUAUAACAAUUUUCAUACCAACGUGGGAUUCUAUUCCAUGAACAAUACGUGGUCUGAAGCCAUGACUGCACUUGUUUUUGAACUUGUACAUCUCCCUGAGAGUCUUGUUACUGAAGGGUGGCUUGCGUUUUUCAAAAUAAAUAAUACAAUAGGUCCUGUGAUAGGAAUUUUGAGGUCUUAGAUAUAUGGUAAUGUUCAUAACCACACGUACAUAGAUCAGCAAAGGAAGACCGACCUGAAGCCAUUUUGAUUCCUAAACUGACCAAAUGUUUUCUCUGCAAGGUCAAAGUGGGAAACCUCCCCAUUGUCUCUUUCCUCACACAUCCUGUCUUAAGGACACAUUUAAGAUAUGAAUAGGGUCUGAGCCUGUGACCUGGCCCAGGAACUAAGCAUGUAUCACUACAAAAGAAUGGCUGGGCUCCCCAGGCAAUCCAAUCAAGUAACCUGCCAGACAGGAGAUAAACAACAACAGGAGAAAAGCAAUAUUCAAAUUUCUGUUUUAGACCGCCUUUUCUGUGAUGCAGGUGAGAUGUAUCUGAGGGGUCUUAGGUUACACCCGUUCUGUAAUGCAUGUAUCAUGUUUGCGUGGCGAGUUCCCGCCCCCCACCAGGAUAAAUAAAGACACCAGACACCAUAAUUUAAGGUUAAUUGGGCGAAUUAGGCCACAACUUUAUUGAGUUCAGGAAUGAGAGGCAUUGGCUUAGGCAUUGGUCCUAUCGACUAUCCGGCUCCAGCCCAUUUGCUGGAGACACGGGGAAGGGUUAACACUAUAUCGGGAGUCUCCUGCCGAGGCACGUCGACUCAGGAGCUCCCGGGUCACCGCUCUGGGGCGUGCCUUUGGCCCUCACCUCCAUAGGCUUUGGACAGGGCCACGCCCCCCGGAGUCCUUUAACGGACCACCCUUCGUUCACUGGGGGGAGGUGAUGGCGCUCCUCCCCCCCCACAUCCUCUUAACCCCUUCUUACCAAUGCCUACCAUGUAUCAUGUUUCUGGGGGUGGUCUUGAUCUACAGGGUGGCAAUUUCAAAAGUCUUUAUAAGGCCUUGCAUGCCAUUUUUCUGGGUCCUCCUCCUCCUGCGGGUGAGGGGAACACCCUGUUGCAACAGAUCAAUAAAGAUGAAGCUUACUAGCUGCUUUGCUUUUCAAUAUUCUCUGGUUGGCCUCUGUUAUUCUCUCCUACCAAUAGGGAACCUAUGUAAGGACUCUAUAUGGGCUCUUGGAUACCCCAUAAGGGAAAAGGGCAAUUUUUUGUUUACAACAGUCCAUGUGUAGCUUCUCCUGCUCUGGAGUGCCUUGUAUGCUCCUUUACACCAAAGCUGGCCUUCCUGUAUUCUGCCCAUGGCUUCACCCAACUUCUUCCCCUUCCAGAUGUUUAAAGGGCCCGACCAGGACAUUGAAUUCAUCUACACGGCUCCUUCUUCGGCUGUCUGUGGAGUGACGCUGGAUGUUACUGGCAAGAAAGAGUAUCUCAUUGCAGGUAAGGAAUAUCUCUUGCUGAGAAUUAUUGUCCCCCAAAAGGCAAAGAAAAGGAGGACUGUAAUGCUUUUUAAAAACACUUUAUACAUGCCAUUCGGAGCUGGAGGAAAGUUCAAUAGGGAUUGAAUGGGAUAUCAUGGUGUUAGGUUGGAUGUUCAAAUCCUUGCUCUAGUUAGGAAGUUCAAUUGGUAAGGACUUGAGCAAGUCACUGUUGCUCAGCCUAAACUACUUCACAGGGGACUUGGUUGUAAAGCUAAAACACAGCUCUUUGGAGGAAGGGGACAAAUAUGUAAUCAGCAGAGCUUCCUUGGGAUGUAACCAGACUGUGUCCUGUUCUGGCUACUAGUCAUGAGGAUUAAAUGCACUCCUAACUACAAAUGCAAUCUGCCCUCCAUUGUGCAAGAAGGGUUUGUGGCAUAUUGCAAACUGCCCUAUACAGUAGUCAGUAUUAUGCAUCUGAGGCUGCUUUCCCUUUAAAUGAUCUUGGUGUAGAGCUUUGCACAGUGCCACCUCCUGGUGUUCCCUUGAAAGGGUAUCUGUUCUUGUCUGGACAUGAGCAAAGCAGACCCAUUGGUCUAACUAAGCACGCCAGUUCUCCUAUUGUGAUAGGAACGUGCCUUGUAUGAAAUCACACACACACUCCUUCCCCCCCACCCCACGUACACUUGUUUGUGUUUGUCCAAGAUAAGACACUUGAUAGGGCGAUGUGCUUGAUGAGGGGUGUGUGCGCGCGUGCACAACCAUAGGACACCAUGCCCCAACUAAAACCAUUUUGCUCUGCCAGGGAAAUCUGAAGGCAAUGGCAAGAUGCACAUCACACUGUGUGACUUCAUCAUUCCUUGGGACUCCCUCAGUGCUACCCAGAAGAAGAGUCUAAACCAGCGGUACCAAAUGGGCUGUGAGUGCAAGGUAAUAAACCAAAUAAUGAGACCAUUUCAGCUUGUUGACUUCCUGCUAAUCUGUAUGCGUGAGCCUACUCAAGAGAAGCGUUUUGCUUUAGUUGCAGUGAUGGCAAAUCACACAAGCCAGUUGUGUCUUUUAUCUCUGCAGAUCUCCCGAUGCCCUUCCAUCCCCUGCUAUGUCUCUGCUCAGGACGAGUGCCUGUGGACUGACUGGGUGACAGAGAAGAACAUCAACGGGCGGCAGGCAAAGCACUUUGCCUGCAUCAAGCGGAGCGAUGGUUCGUGUGCGUGGUACCGUGGAGUGGCACCACCCAAGAAGGAGUUUCUUGACAUUGAGGACCCUUGA